AAAAAGCACAACUUUAGGUCGGCAGAAAUUGUGUACGCCUGCGCCCUUGACAUGCUGCUGUCUCGCUAUUUUAAAACAGCUGCACUUGAAAAUGUUAGCCGCUGGAUGUCAAUCAAGACGACUCGAAUAACAUGAAUUCUUAAUAUAUAAAUUCACACGGUAGCCUUCGUGGAGUCUAAUAAUAUGUAAGGAUCUCGGCUGGCCGAGAGCACCGUACACGUCAUGUGUAGCGCGAGCCAAAUCACUUGAAGUUCGCUGGACAUUAUUUCAUUUUCUUAUUCGGCAUACGGAGACUCUGCUCUGGAUAGCUCACAGUUUUUGAGAUGAUCAAUUUCUGCAAUGGCGAGGGGUCUGUUUUCACGGGCCUGGAUGUCAAAGAUUUACCACUUUCAGGCUCGCCUGUCCUAUAUUCGAGUAAAGUAUCUCUUUCUCACAUGGCUUGCUGUGUUUGUGGGCAGUUGGGUUGUGUAUGUGCAGUACUCAACUUACACUGAGCUGUGCAGAGGACGAGAAUGCAAGAGCAUAAUUUGUGAAAAAUACAGCAAAGGCAUUAUUGAUGGCUCUGCCUGUAGCAGCCUGUGUGAAGAAAGCUCACUGUACUUUGGAAGGUGCCUCUCCACCAAGCCAAACAAUCAGGUCUAUACAGGCAGCUGGGGUGAUCAUGAUGGUGUCAUCAAGUGUCAACUGAAUGACAUCCUGCACUAUGAGCUGGGAGAUGAGCUGGAGCCAAAGAAAGAGGUCGCACUCUUUGACAAACCCACUCGAGGAACCUCUGUAGAGAAGUUCAAAGAGAUGGUUGCCAGUCAUUUGAAGGCAAAAGUUGGAGAGCAAGCCAACCUCUCCAGUUUGGUAAGCCUGAUUCUUUCAGUGGCGGACAGCAAUAAAGACGGCCACAUCUCUCUCCCAGAAGCCAAGUCCGCAUGGGCUUUGCUGCAACUCAACGAGGUUCUGCUAGCAGUGGUGCUCCAGGACCGAGAGCACACACCUAGAUUGUUGGGCUUCUGUGGGGACCUGUACGUAGUGGAACGGGUGCCUCACACUCCUCUGUACGGGCUCAGCCUGCCAUGGCCCAUGGAACUUUGGAUUCCUACGGGCAUGCGGCGAAACAUGGACCAGUGGUUCACGCCUUCCUGGCCCCGCAAGGCUAAAAUAUUUAUCGGCUUGCUGGAGCUUAUAGAAGACAUCUUCCAUGGUACCUUUGGGAGCUUCUUAAUGUGCGACAUGAGAGCCAGUACUUUUGGUUACACCGAUCGCCAUGACCUCAGGCUGGUGGACGGGCGGCGUGUAGUAGCUGAGGAGGCCUUCAAACAGGCCAUGAUCCUUCAGCGCUGUGAGGAUGAUGAGGACUGCGUCUACGGUGUGGACUGUAGGGCUUCGUGCGACCGCGCAGAACACCGCUGCACGGCCGAGGUGGCUCAACCCAACCUGGCCAGGGCUUGCGGAGCACUGAAGGAUUACCUCCUACGAGGAGCUCCGGUCCAUCUACAGGAAGAGCUGGAGAAGCAGCUGUACGCCUGCAUGGCUCUCAAAGGUUCAGCUGAGCAGAUGGAAAUGGAGCACUCGCUCAUUCUCAACAACCUCAAGACGCUGCUAUGGAAACAGAUCUCACACACCAAUGACUCCUGAAGAGAAAUUAAGAUGCACUGGUGACAACAUUCAGAUUCUUGAAUGUCUUCUGAAGCACUUCAGGCCAUUGUGAAUCUGGCUGGAGAUUACAAUGCUGGUAGCAAAGUGGCUGGAAAAUAGGCUGAUGGCAAUAUUCAUUGCUGCUUUGAUAUUUAAGUUAUUUUUCACGACGAAGGUAGAAUUAAAACCAUGAGGAAUUAUUGCUCAGGCUCAAUUUAAGAACUGAAGGAGUAACGUUCACUUCUUAGUUUCGUGUCUUCGUGCUUUGUUGUCACACACAAUUGAACAGUGAUCAUGUUUAUUUUACACUUCCUUCAGAGCUUAUGAAGGAGCAGAUGACACUAACUUUGCAUCCAUUGUUGGAUGUUAACAUAGAAAGCACUCGCCACAGACUGUGGUUGUGUAAGUCUCCUAUUGUAAUGUUUGUCACAUGAGCACAGCAAAAAGAGCCAUUUUGAAAUGGGCACAUUAAUCCAAUGCCUUGAUAUGCAUGUUGCCAGUGAGUGCGUUUUUUUUUGUUUGAUGCUUGUGGGUGAAAACGUCUCAUUCUUUGUACUUGAGCAAUUCUUGGAAAUGGUCAGACUGUCUAUGAUCUGAAGUUAACAGAUUGCAAUAAGGUUAAAUUUGAUAUAGUACUUAAAACAAUACUUUUAAAGCAUUAGUCUAUGUUAAUGUUAAUUUAUAUAUGUACAAAUACAUUUACAGCAUCUCAAGUUGUAUAAUUUAACGUAUUACAAAUGUGAAUUACCUUGGAAUAUUUUGAAAUUAACAUUUUAACUUAGAUUAAUAAAUGCUGUGAACUGCUAAUUAGUUUGUGAUACCUAAUCCUAUUUUAAAGGGUUAACGCAGAUCACACUACACAACUUUUGCCUGGAUUUUCAAGGUCUGUGACAAAACCCCUGGAUUGCGGUCAAAUCAGUGCUCGUUGUGGUCGCUGGUGCUCUUUUAAGUAUAUGAGUAGGUCAGCGUCAUGAUCUGAGCUUAUCUCGAGCAGUCACAGACACGGUGAUAUUUUCAAAUCUAUUUGAUAUUAUUGCCACAUGAUCUUGCAGGGUGUGCUUCUGUGCGAUGCAAUGACAAGGUGGAACUAAUCCAGCCAACAACAGUCCAGAUGGUAUAAACGGAAAAAUCUUGUAAUCACUUGCAUGAAAUUGUGAGAAAAUGUUGACCAAAUGUCUUGUAGUUUGUGAACCUCGUCAACAUUGUAUUGCGCAGUAUGCGUGCUGAUAUGACAAGAUGACAAGAAACCUUGUUGUGUAGUGUAAACACCACAGCAGUUCAGGUAGUCUUGCAGUUCUGUAGUGUGAGCUUGCCCUUGUUGAUCUGAAUGUUUACAAGAGCGAGUCUUGUAAAUGAUGCUGGGAGGCCCUUCUCAACCAUGGAAGUUCAAAACAGUGAUCUUUUUUUUUUGGGGGGUUUGUUGGGUUCCUAAUUUGUACUUCUAAGGCAUGUCUAGUGAAAACCUCUUGAUAUGGUAAAAUUUUUAUUUUAAUCUAAAAACAAUAUGAAAUGUUUAUCACAGUCAUGAUUCUCGAUGUACUUAUGAAGAGAUUGCUUCAUGUUUUUAUGGACCAUUUUU